AUGGCUUCGUGGCUUCAGAUCCCCAAGAACUCGCCGUUCUCGCUCUCCAACAUCCCCUUCGGGAUCAUCUCAACGCAAUCUGCAUCAAAGGCAGCUGCAAUUGCAAUCGGUGAUUAUGCAUUGAACUUGAGCGCAUUCGCUUCAUCUGGAGGCUUUUCACAGCUACCAGCUAUCGAACAACAUCUCGCUGUUUUUAGCCAACCGACACUGAAUGACUUCGCUGCACUUGGUCGCCCAGUGCACCGACAAGUGCGCGAGUAUCUACAAAACGUCUUCCGUGCCGAUACAAAAUUCCCACGGGUUCUUAAGGACAAUGCCUCCCUCCAGAAAUCUGCUCUGCUUCCCUUGUCCCAUGUUACCAAUCAUGUUCCCAUGCAAAUUGGCGAUUACACCGAUUUUUACGCCGGUCUGAACCACGCCUACAACAUUGGCGUCCUCUUCCGUGGCCCAGACAAUGCACUCCAACCCAACUAUAAGCACCUGCCCGUUGCAUACCAUGGCCGUGCCUCGUCAGUCGUGACUUCGGGUACACCCCUCCACCGUCCCCAGGGUCAAAUCCUGGCGAACCCCGCCGCGGAUCCCAAGGUGCCUACUUUCUCUGCAUGCAAGAAACUUGACAUCGAGCUGGAGCUUGCGUGUUUCAUCGGCAAGCCCAAUGAUCUCGGCAAACCUGUCCCAAUUGAUGAGGCUGAGGACCACAUCUUCGGUCUGGUUCUCAUGAACGACUGGUCCGCCCGUGACAUUCAGGCUUGGGAAUACGUUCCUUUAGGUCCCUUUAAUGCGAAGAAUUUUGGUACCACCAUCACCCCUUGGGUGGUUCUGAUUGAUGCGCUCGAGCCUUUCCGCGCUGCCGGUCUGGAGCCGGCAAACCGCGAGUCUCUGCUCCCCUACCUGCGCGAGAAGCGCGCCGACAGUGCCUAUGAGAUCCCUCUCGAUGUCGAAGUCACCAACCCCGGUGGUCAACCCACUCUUAUCGCUAGCAGCAACGCUCGCAACCUCCUUUACUCAUUCCCUCAGAUGGUUGCUCAUCACACUAUCACGGGCUGCAACUUGCGCACUGGCGACUUGCUAGGAUCAGGUACUAUCUCUGGUAAAGAGGCUAAGACGCAGGGUAGUCUAUUGGAACAGACUAACGGCAAGGUUCCUCUCAAGCUGGCGGAUGGCUCUGAGCGUAUAUUCCUUGAGGAUGGUGACACUGUUACCCUGCGCGGUAUGGCUGGUACAGAAGGCAACUAUGUCGGCUUCGGCGAUUGUGUCGGCACUAUCUUGCCUGCUGUUUCGCUACGGUAG